GAUGCAAAUGAUGAGAAUAAUAGGACCUCUGUCCCCAGGCCAUUUGUGGUAGAGCCUGGGCUCCCAGGGAUCAGAGCUCCUUCAGCCCAGCCAUGGACAAGCUCAGGGGAAGCAAGCUCCAGUUGGAGCCACCCGUUCCACCCCCCAGAUAUGUAGUCCCCUGUCCAGAUUCCCCAGCCUGGAACAAAGGUGCCCCCAGCCCAUCUCCUUGGCCCACCCCGGGGACCAGCAGAUUUGAGGUAAGUGCAGGUGCUGAGCCUGGGGUGGAGGGAGGUGGGCCACAGUGCCUCCCACUGGUACUGCCCCUCUUCUGUCCCUUCUGGAAAGCCCAGGGGGAGGAAGAAGAAGAUGAAGAUGAAUAUGAGCUGCCCCCCUGUGAGGCUCUGCCGUUCAGUCUCGCCCCAGCCCACCUUCCUGACACCGAGGAGGACUCUGUGUACUUGGAUCACGCUGGCCCCGUGGGCGCAUCCAAGUCACCACCACCGCAGCCCCAGGCCACAACGCUGAAGGCGGUACUGAGCCUGAAGGAGGCUAAGAAGCAGGGACAGCCCUUCCCCCUCAGGAAGCAAGAGCUGGUUACACCAGCCAGAGAUGUGCCAGGCCUUCCAAAGAAACCUGAUAAUAACGUCUACGUGGAAUUCCCAGCCUUGACUAGGACUCUGAGCUCCCAAGUCCUGAUGCCCCCAAUCUCUCUGCCAAGGAUAUCAAUGGUGCCCAGGCCCACUGUAGCUCCCCAGGAAGCUCGGAACGGAGCAGCGAAUGCCACCUCUAAAGCAGGAAGGAGAUCUUCUCUUUCCUCUAGAGCACCUACCUGGAGCACCUCGACUGCUGAGGACGGCAGCCUGCUGGGUCAGCCCUGGUACUCAGGAAACUGUGACCGCCAUGCUGUUGAGAGUGCCCUGCUCCAAUUCCAAAAGGAUGGCGCCUACACUGUGCGCCCCAGUUCAGAGCCUCACAGCUCCCAGCCCCUCACCCUGGCAGUGCUUCUCCAUGGCCGGGUCUUCAAUAUUCCCAUCCGGCAGCUGGACGGUGGGAGGCAUUAUGCCCUGGGCCGGCAGGGCAGGAACAACGAGGAGCUGUUUCCAUCCGUGGUCGCCAUGGUCCAGCACUACACACAGCACCCACUGCCCCUUGUGGACAGAUACAGCCAUCGCUGUCAGCUCACCUGCCUGCUCUUCCCGACCAAGCCCUGACCACAGCGUGGAUUGUACGCACCCGCCUCUGGCCCCACAGUUUGCUCUUUGCCCUCGUUACCUUGCUGUGUCCCUCUCGCCUCCCCCGUCUCCACCCCUCCAGGCCCUUCCCUUCUCUUGUUGCAGUCCCUGCAGACCUGGCCGAAAGGCUUUCAGAAAGGUUGCCCAGAAACAGAAAGAACCCCCGAGACCCCACACCAGCUUCACCUGGAGCUUGGAGGUGCCCCUCCCUGCUGCACAUCCAAGGCUGGGAAGCAAGGGUCAGGCAGAGCCCCCUCUCCCAGGCCCCAGGCAUGGCUGGGUUUGCACUGUUCCCAAGGGCCUCCCAGCCGCUCUGGAUAAAGGCCUCCUCCAGGAAGCUGAGCCUCGGGACGCCUGCCGGGGGCACUGCUUGGACACAAAGGGAAUCCUUUCACAUUCUCUUAGGGGCUUAGCACAGGGCUGGCAGCUUGGUUGCACUGUACAUAGUCUGCUUUCAAUAAAUAUUUGUUGAAUGAA